GGAGAGGCCCAGGAGUGCGACAAGCCGUGCGCCAACGGGGGCCGCUGCCAGGCCAGCACCGGCCAGUGCGAGUGCCAGCCUGGCUGGGUCGGGGACCAGUGCCAGCACUGCGGGGGACGCUUCUGGCUUACCGGGUCUUCAGGGUAUAUUACAGAUGGACCUGGGAACUAUAAAUACAAAACAAAAUGCACGUGGCUUAUUCAGGGAAGGCCGAAUACAGUCCUGAGGCUCCGCUUUAAUCAUUUUGCUACAGAAUGCAGCUGGGACCACUUGUAUGUAUACGAUGGUGAUUCAAUUUACGCUCCACUGCUGGCUGCUUUUAGUGGCCUUAUUGUUCCUGAGAAAGAGAACAACGAGACGAUCCCAGAAGUGAUGGCCACCUCCGGCUACGCUCUCCUGCAUUUCUUCAGUGAUGCAGCGUAUAACUUGACAGGGUUUAACAUAACCUACAAGUUCAAUGUGUGUCCCCGGGACUGCUCUGGCAGAGGGGAGUGCAAACUCACCAACACCAGCAAAGUGGUUGAGUGUGAGUGUUCGGAACAUUGGAAGGGAGAGGCCUGUGACAUCCCGUACUGCCCAGGAGACUGUGGCUUCCCGGACAGAGGACAGUGCAUUGAAAAUGGUACCCAUGGAUGCAUGUGCUACUCAGGCUGGCAAGGUGCAGACUGCUCGAUUCCUGUUCCUGCAAAUCACUCCUUUUGGACUCAGGAAGAAUUCUACAACCCCAGGCUACCCAGAGCAUCCCACAAAGCGGUAGUCCAAGAUGAUAUUAUGUGGGUGGUUGGCGGCUACAUGUUCAACCAUACGAAUGCCCAAAUGGUUUUGGCGUAUGACCUUGUUUCAAGAGAAUGGCUGCCCUUGAACAGCAGUGUAAAUGCGGUCGUGGUCAGAUAUGGACACUCUCUGGCCUUAUAUGAAAAUAAACUCUACAUGUAUGGAGGCAAAAUAGAUGAAUCUGGAAAUGUCACCAGUGAGCUCUGGGUGUUUCAUAUUGCAAACCAGUCGUGGGUUCACGUGAUACCCAAAGCCAAGGAGCAGUAUGCUGUCGUUGGCCAUUCAGCCCACAUUGUCACACUGGAUGAUGGUUCUGUAGUGAUGCUGGUCAUCUUUGGUCACUGUCCUCUUUAUGGGUACAUCAGCAAUGUGCAGGAAUACAAUCUGGGAACAAAUACAUGGAGCAUUCUACCAACAACUGGAGCUUUGGUUCAAGGAGGGUAUGGUCACAGCAGUGCAUAUGAUCCAAGUACUAAGUCCAUCUUUACCCAUGGAGGUUAUAAGGCAUUCAAUGCAAACAAGUACAGGCUGACAGAUGAUUUAUACAAGUAUGAUGUGAAUAGGCACAUGUGGACCAUUCUUAAAGAAAGCAAGUUUUCUCGAUACUUGCAUUCGGCCGUGAUCAUCAGUGGGACUAUGUUGGUGUUUGGAGGAAACACACACAAUGACACUUCAAUGAGCCACGGCGCCAAGUGCUUUUCUUCGGACUUCAUGGCCUAUGAUCUAGCUUGCGAUCGCUGGUCUGUGCUUCAUCAACCAGAUCUUCCUCAUGAUAUCGACAGAUUUGGACAUUCUGCUAUCCUGCACAACAACCAGAUGUAUAUAUUUGGAGGUUUUAACAGCCUGCUGUUGAGUGACGUCAUGAAGUACACCCCAGAAAGCUGUGAGGCGUACAACAGUGAAGCCUCCUGCCUAAGAGCGGGGCCGGGGCUCCGAUGUGCGUGGAAUGCCUCCGUUUCACAGUGUCUGCCGUGGGAGAGGGCCACGGUGGAGCAGCAACAAAAAAUCAUUGAGGAGUGCCCUCCGUGGCAAGCUGCGGACCAUGAGAAAUGUGAUCAGAUCACAGACUGCUACAGUUGUACAGCCAACACCAACCGGUGCCAUUGGUGUACUGAGCAGUGUGUGUCGAGAAGCAGCAACUGCUCAGAAGACCAGACUCCUAUUGCUGCAUUUGAAAAUUGCCCCAAGGACAAUCCUGCGUUUUACUGUAACAAAAAGACCAGUUGCAAGAGCUGCAGCCUGGAUCAGAACUGUCAGUGGGAAAGCCGGAACCAAGAAUGCAUUGCUUUGCCAGAAAACAUUUGUGGAGCAACCUGGCACUUGGUGGGCAACUCUUGUUUGAAAAUCACCCACGUGAAAGACAGCUACGACAAUGCUAAGCUGGCCUGCAGGAGUCACAAUGCUGCUCUGGCGUCGCUCACGACCCAGAAGAAGGUGGAAUUUCUGCUCAAAGAACUCCAGAAGACCCAGUCCAUGCCCAAAGCCUUGACCCCAUGGGUUGGCCUGCGGAAGAUCAACGUCUCCUACUGGUGCUGGGAAGAUAUGUCUCCAUUUACAAAUACCUUGCUCCAGUGGCUGCCGGGAGAGCCAAGCGACAUUGGGUUUUGCAGCUACUUAGCGGAGCCGAGCAGCCGAGGGCUGAAGGCCGCAACGUGCAUCAACCUGGUCAAUGGCAGCAUCUGUGAAAGGCCUGCCAAUCACAGUGCCAAGCAGUGCCGCAUUCCUUGUGGCUUGAGGACAACAUGCAGCGAAUGCACUAGCAGCAACUCUGAAUGUAUGUGGUGUAGCAACAAGAAGCAGUGCGUAGACUCAAACGCAUAUGUCUCCUCAUUCCCUUACGGACAGUGCAUGGAGUGGCACACUGUGAGCAGCUGUCCACCUGAAAAUUGUUCUGGGUACUUAACAUGCAGUCACUGUCUGGAACAACCCGGUUGUGGCUGGUGUACAGAUCCCAGUAAUACAGGCAAAGGGAAAUGCAUGGAAGGCUCUUCCAGAGGUCCAGUCAAGCUGCCAAAGCCAACUCCACCUGCACUGCCAGCCGGAAAAUUUUAUCAGGAACCUGUUCUGGACGCCAGCAUGUGCCUGGCAGAGAAUAAAUAUAACUGGUCCUUCAUUCACUGUCCAGCCUGCCAAUGUAAUGGGCACAGUAAAUGCGUCAAUGAGAGCAUCUGCGAGAAGUGCGAGAACCUGACAGCGGGCAAGCAUUGUGAGACCUGCAUCUCUGGUUACUAUGGAGACCCCACCAAUGGAGGGACCUGUCAGCCUUGCAAGUGUAAUGGCCAUGCUUCUAUGUGCAACGCACACACCGGAAAGUGUUUCUGCACCACCAAAGGAAUCAAAGGAGAAGAGUGUCAACUGUGCGAAGUUGAAAACCGAUACCAGGGCAACCCUCUCAAAGGGACAUGUUACUAUACUCUUCUUAUUGACUAUCAAUUCACCUUCAGUCUCUCGCAAGAAGAUGAUCGCCAUUAUACCGCAAUCAAUUUUGUAGCAACGCCUGAAGAGCAAAACCGAGACCUGGACAUGUUCAUCAAUGCUUCUAAAAACUUCAACCUCAACAUCACUUGGUCGACGAGUUUUGCAGCUGGGACGCAGGCAGGGGAGGAGAUUCCGGUGGUUUCAAAGAGCCAGAUCAAAGAGUACAAGGAUAGCUUUUCUAAUGAGAAAUUUGACUUCCGCAACAACCCAAAUAUCACUUUCUUCGUCUACGUGAGCAACUUCACGUGGCCAAUAAAAAUACAGAUAGCUUUUUCUCAGCACAGCAACUUUAUGGACCUGGUGCAGUUCUUUGUCACCUUUUUCAGCUGCUUCUUGUCCCUGCUCCUGGUGGCUGCCGUGGUUUGGAAGAUUAAACAGAGCUGCUGGGCAUCACGGAGGAGAGAGCAACUGCUCCGGGAGAUGCAACAGAUGGCCAGUCGCCCCUUCGCCUCCAUCAACGUUGCCUUAGAAACAGAUGAAGAGCCACCGGAUCUCAUCGGCGGGAGCGUGAAGACGGUCCCCAAACCCAUAGCAUUGGAGCCCUGUUUUGGCAACAAGGCGGCUGUUCUGUCGGUGUUCGUGAGGCUGCCAAGAGGGCUGGGAGGGAUCCCUCCACCAGGGCAAUCAGGUCUGGCCGUCGCAAGCACGUUGGUGGACAUUUCACAACAAAUCCCGAUUGCCUACAAAGAGAAAUCGGGAGUGGUACGAAAUCGCAAGCAGCAGCCUCCAGCCCAGCCCGGGACCUGUAUUUGAUGCAUGGACAUCAGAACUGCCUCUUUAGAGUUUUAAACACAAGGGAGAACUGGGAGGAGGAGGAGGAGGACUAAGAUUUUGUGGCACGAAAGAGACCACCGAGGACCCAGACAGACUACGUGGCUUGGAGCCGCCCGGCUUCUGUCUUGACGUGGGCGUCCCCCUUCGUUGGCUUUGCUGGACGCCGGCGCCAUCUCCGACUCGCCGAUCCCAGCCACGCCGUCGAGCUCCACGUUUUUAAUGUCGCUCUCCUUUCUCCGGUUAAAGCCUGCCCGUCGCAAGAUCCUCGCCUGCCUCCGUCUCCCCUGUUGAAAGCUGGCAUUAAUCCAGAAGAGCCACAUGAAGACGAGAUGCGUAGCUUUUCUAGGUGGAAAGUGCUCUGUGCUGCUUGUGUUGGUUCCCCCCACUCCCACCCCCCAGUCGUACAAGAAAAGGUGCCGCACAAACAGAUAACGUUCAGCCCUCAGCAGCUAAACCCCCGCGAUUUAAGGAGAAGCUCAUUCAAUUCCCUCCUGGAGCCUGAUGGUUAUAAACACGCUAUUUAUUUCUCUCUUACGUUGGUCUCUCUCUGUUAUACACAAGACGGUCAUGGGGGUCCUUAGGACUGAAGCGUUCUUAUUGUCCGAUCUGGCUAUAUGUUAUUUCACCUAAGGUUCCUUUCCCAGGAAGAUGCAUACUUCCUGGAAGUAAAUACGUGGCCAUAGUGGGAUUCUCAAGGUUUCCUCUGUCAUUGGAGAGCCAAGGAACUGGCAGACGUGAAGGCUUUUUGUGAAACGACUUCCUUCUCUGACACUGGGCAGUCGAUGGCCUUUUUUAAACUCUGCAUCUCUCAACCCAGUGCAAAACAUAGAGGCAUGGGUCUCUUUCACAGCCGUGGAGCCGUGGUCACCUUGGAGGGGUCAGGGGGAGGCAGGGAAGGGGGUCCAGCAUCCCCUGGUCCCCUUUCCCUGCCUGGUGUCCGGUCACGUCAGUCCCUAUGGUCAGUCUCCUUCCACUUGGGGCAGCUGUUGCACCGAGGCGUCCUCUCCCGCGGCCCCAGCUCUCCACCCAGUCCUGUCCUUUCUGUUUCUUCAGCUCUGUGGUCGAUCAGCUAAUGGGAAGGACCGCUUCCUGCAUUAUACUGGGGGUGCGCGUGUGCGUGUCCCAGAAGUGACUCUGGUCUGGUUUAAUAUCCUCUUGUGACUCCACACAUACACACAACUGACCACAAUACCGGUCAGUAAUGCCGCGUGUCAGGUGUGCGUAUUUCAGUGUAGCUUCGGUGCCAUAAGGACCGGAGAGGAAGGUUGUGGGCUAUCCGUGGGGCACUUAGUGGCACCCCUUGGACUGCUGCUUGUGUCUCAGAAAGGGCACCUGCUGUUCACCAAGGCUAGCGAGUCUCCCUUCGGGGCCCCUUGGGUGAUCCGGGUUCAGCUGCCAGCGGAAGCCGAGGAAUGCUCUCGUUUGUUUUUUCCUGACAAUUCCUGGCGAGUUCUCCUCCCGGCAUGCUCCGGACACAAAGGCUGGCAGAAAUGUGUGCCGUUUCAUUUGCUGGCUGCUUAGAAGCAGGAGCCUUGGGGGAAACAAGAAGGGUCAGCUUGGCGACAGAUCUUUGCUCCAAACUGAGCAGGUGCUGCCGAAUCCACAUGUGCUGGAGGUGACUGUCGCUCACGUUUGCUUUGCUCGCGGCCCCUCUUAAGUCCUUGCUGAAAACCCUUGUCCCGCGAGCUUCGAAGAGCGCAAUGCCGCUUUCCGAAAUGAGGCAGAAGGGGUCAACUCGCCCCACUUGGCUUAAGCUGUACUCGGCUUGCACGCAAACGGUUGGUGACAGCUUGACCAUGCAUGUUGCUCCCGUCUGCACAGAGAGACAUAUGCAUGGCUCCCGUCAUCAUUGCAAGAGCUGCAAUGUCGGUACCCUCUGGAUGACGGCAAAACCCUACAGCAGCCUCGGCAUGCGCGCAGAGGCUCUGCCCUUUCGAGGCGGCCUCGCUUCCACGGCACCAUUUGGGGGCUGUCCUCGGUGCUCCACUGACUGGAGAAGCCCUUCUGUGGCCCGGCAGCCUCAGAGCGGUGGCGGUUCAGGACAUCUGCGGUCUCUGAGCACACGGGACAAUUUGGCAUUGAGUUUCCACCCACCCGCUCGUUUCUAUCAGGCCAGUUGUGCUGUCAUGUAUCACUGAGUUGCAAGACUUUCCCCCACAGGCAGCACCUGUGGCUUGGAGCAGGACAGGGGUAAGGUGGGCUGUGCCGUGGGUCGCAUCCUGCCUUGGGAAGGGCAAGGUGUGGUUUUCCUGGUGGUGGUUCCUACAUCUUCCUCCACCCUUCCCUUCCUGCAUGCAGUAACAUAGUCUAGUUGUUUUUGUUUUUUUUUAUCAAGGACUUGGGGGAGCAGAGAAUGUCAGACAGGGAUUUAGAUCAGUUUUUUUUUUCCCUGGCGGGGGGAGUUUUGGACAACUGGAAUUGUCAUUUGCGUCUCCUAACAGACAAAAUAAUGAGGGACUGAAGCUGCCUAGAGAGAAAUCCUGCCAUUGUGCAUAUUGGUGAAUGAACCUGGACCAAACUGGAGCAGGAAAAGUAUGAUUAAAAUAGCAUCUCUCCUAACCCCCCUCCCUGCUCCUGAUUUGUUUCCUUAAAACUGGAGGUCAGCCAAAUUGUUCUUAGAUAGCGCGGGUCCGGGUGGGAGGGAGAGGAUGGGCUUGGGGGUUAAGGCAUGCACAACUUUACCUCACCUUCCUUGGAAAAGAUCUUCCCCCUUGUUGCCUUUCUGUACCACAUUGACCAUGUAAAGGGAUUUUGCAGGAAAUGCCCAUCCUUGUGUUAUGAUGAUUGCCUCUUGUUUUUUUACUUAUUGGAUCCUAACAGAGAGCUUAGACUUCUUUCAGAUGCCUGUGAUGGGACAUAGCGCUUGCCUCUUGGACUGCUGGCUGGUCCGCGAGCGCCGACGCCCGUGGUGUUCUCGUUUGCUCGCUCCAUUUCAAUGGCCCCUUCUACCACCCUCAUCUCUCUUUCAUUGGCAGACGGAGGCCAGAGUAGGUGGCUGCCCUGGGGAGGGUUAGAUCUAUGUUUUCCUUCUAUUCUCCCUCCCUAAGCCCACCACGUCCAACUUGGGUAGAACCAAAAGUCAGACAAGAUGAAUCCGACGUUGCCAGAGUUGGAUCUGGUGAACUUUGGAGCUGCUCCCCAGCCAACGGAGCCUCUGCCUAUGUGUCUUCCCAUCCGAAUCAUUUCAUCCCCAACUUCCAAAGGUCACUUGUCAAUUGGGUGGUUAGGAGGGAGGCUUGGCUGGGCCGGCCAAUUCCUGCUGCUGAGCCAGCCUGCUGACAAAGCCCGUGAAUGAUAGCUUGAUAAUGGUUCUUGGAGGGGUAAAAAGUGAAAUCAACACGCACCCCCUGCGUCUUCUCUUUACCAACGUCUCUGUCAAGAGAGGAGGUGAAAAGAGAAAGAUAACACCGCCUUUGUACAUAAGACUGAACAGUGUGCAGGAUGUCAGGAACUUUAUUGUGUCUAUAAAUGGGAGGGGGGAGUGUAUAAUGUACUUCUGGAUGCUUUUACACAUGACUUUCGUCUUUAAUGACUUAUGCAUAUCCUGAUGCUGCCGAGCUUUUAAGCUGUCAGCCUGUUUAAGCAGAUAAUAAUCUGGGAUGUAGAGCGCAGAAGCAGCUCCCCCCACCCUUGAAUGGUUUGCCUGAAUAUUUGUAGGGCAGCAGCCUUCUGCAGAGGUUGCCUGCACAGGGGAGCCACCUCGAAGCCCGCCGGAUCUCCGCCGGGGAGCAUCCUUUCCGAAGAACAAGGCGCUCAGCUGAUCCCUCUGAUUGAGUGGCAAAUGUCAGCAUUUCUGCUUGUCGGAGAGGGUUUUCCCACAGGAGCUGGAGAUACAUUUGUCAAGCAGGUUUGGGGUUCUGAGCUUUUCAGGGUUUGAGAUUCUGGAUGCCGCUGGUUGGGCCCUCUCUUUUGGAGGUUUU